AUGGCACCACAGGAGACCACGACCGCUGCGCUGGGCUUGGGACAGCUCGGCAUUGUCAACGACUGCAAAGUGUUUCACAACCUCACGUACGAGCAGCUCGCGGAGCACGAACAGCGCUUCAAAGAGGGCUCGUUCGUGGCCAAUGGCACGUUUGCAGUCGACACGGGCAAGUUCACGGGCCGCUCGCCCAAGGACAAGUUCAUUGUGAAGCAAGCGCCGUCGCAGGACAAUGUGUGGUGGGGCGCGAUCAACCAGCCGACGACGGCCGACGUGUUUGACGCACUGUACGAGAAAGCGGUGCAGCACUUCAGCUCAGUGGACCGCAUGUACGUGUUCGACGGCCACUGCGGCGUGAGCGAGCAGUCUCGUCUCAACGUGCGCAUUGUGACGGAGCUCGCGUGGCAGCACCACUUUGUCACCAACAUGUUCAUCCGACCGGACGUCUCGAGCGUAGCGAAGGGCUUUGCGGCCGACUUUACGGUCAUUAACGCGUGCAACAUCGUGGACGACGACUGGAAGGCGCACGGCCUGCACUCGGAGGUGUUUGUGCUCUUCAACAUUGAGAAGCACAUGGCCAUUAUCGGCGGCACGUUCUACGGCGGCGAGAUGAAGAAGGGCAUCUUCAGUAUGAUGAACUACUACCUGCCGCUCCAAGGCGUCAUGGCCAUGCACGCGUCGGCCAACAUUGGCAAAGCAGGCGACACGGCGCUGUUCUUUGGCCUGUCUGGCACGGGCAAGACGACGCUGUCGGCCGACCCGAAGCGCGAGCUCAUUGGCGACGACGAGCACGGCUGGGACGACCACGGCGUGUUCAACUUCGAGGGCGGCUGCUACGCCAAGACGAUCGACUUGAGCGAGGCGACGGAGCCGGACAUUUUCAACGCCAUUCGACCGAACGCGAUGCUGGAGAACGUGUGGAUCGACACUGUCAGCCACGCGCCCGACUACUUCAACUCGAGCAAGACGGAGAACGGCCGCGUGUCGUACCCGAUCUACCACAUCCCGCACCACGAGCCCAACUCGCGCGGCGGCCACCCGACCGCCGUCAUCUUCCUCACGUGCGACGCGUACGGCGUACUGCCGCCCGUGUCGAAGCUGUCGGCCGGCCAGGCCCAGUACCACUUUCUAUCGGGCUACACGGCCAAAGUGGCGGGCACCGAGCGCGGCGUCACGGAGCCACAGGCCACGUUUUCCACGUGCUUUGGCGCGGCGUUCAUGACGCUGCACCCGACCAAGUACGCCGACCUGCUCAAGAAGAAGCUGCAGCAGCACCAGACGCCCGUGUACUUGAUCAACACUGGCUGGACGGGCGGCGUGUAUGGCGUGGGGAAGCGCAUGAAGCUGCCGGUCACGCGCAAGUGCGUCGAGGCAGUGCUGGACGGCCGGAUCGAGGACGCGUCGUUUGUGACGGACUCACUCUUUGGCUUUGCGGUGCCGACGCGAGUGGAGGGCGUACCGUCCGCGAUGCUGAGCCCGAGGGAGUCGUGGGCGAACAAGGCGGCGUUCGACGAGACGGCGCUCAAGCUGGCGAGGGCCUUCCAGGACAACUUCAAGCAGUUUAUCCUGCCGGAAAACGACCUGUCGGUGUACGGUCCGAACGUGUGA